AUGGUGCUUUCAUUCCCGUUCAUCAUAUCUCCCUAUCAAAAUCCAUCCAUCGAUGUCACACCGUCAAGUAUCCGCGAGCAACUCUCAACACUCAUCGCUAUUUCCACCGCUAAUGUCUGUCGUCUUGAUGCAAUUAUCACAGAAAUGGCCACCAUCAACACCCUCAUCGACAUUCAAAUCGGAACCAUGGCCAAACUCAUCUUGCCUCCACCUCCGCUUCCACCACCGAAUCAACAACCUAGGUCGCCACCGCCGACAUCCACACCGCCACUACCGCCGCCAAAACAUCUGUUAUUGCCACCGCCGCCUCCAAAACCAUUGCAAUCGCCCAUGUCAACCCAAAAACUACUUCUACCGUCACAACUACUGUCAUCAUUAACCAUGACACCUUCACCACAACAACAAUUCCUACCACCGAUGGUCCCACCCCCGAAAACUACCUACAUAAAACUACUAAAAACAAUUCCAGUUAACAAAAACUAA